CUGGGUUCCUUUUUUCUCCAACGAUGUCCAUCCAAAUGUGUCUACACUACUUGUUCUAUGUUGGGAUCAGUAUCCUCAUUUGCCCCUUGGCUGCGGAGUCAUAUGCACCGGUUGACCACAAGUAUGGAGCUUGCAAGCCUAAGAACUGUGGGAGUGGCCCAAACAUAAGCUACCCGUUUUAUAUCUAUGACACUGAAAUAGACUUCUGUGGCCACCCAGGCUUUGGAAUUUUUUGUGAAGAAAAUAAGCCUCUCUUUAGAACAUCCAGAAAUUACUUCAUUGAAGAUAUCUCUUAUGAGACCCAAUCAUUUCGGUUGGUCAACAAGGAAGUGGUUAACACCUCCUGUGUUGCCCCUUAACAUUGUUUUGUGUUUGAUUUUUCUUCCAUUGAAUUCACCACCAAGUUUGUUGAUCUUAUUUCAUUUUAUUUUAUAAUUGCACAAAACGAGUACCUCUUAUUUACGCACAUUCUCCUGUAACUUGUGCUUCCACUGCCACAAAUUACUCUGUUGCUCUUUUGAACACUGGGUAUAUGAAUUGAAACUCUGAAAAACUGGUUGAAGAGAUGGCCUGUGAGAGGUACGUCGGCGCACCCAUGGAUUGGGAGGGAAGGCAGUAUAAUCAAACAGUGGAGACUAUGGACUACAUACAGUUACUGAAGAAUGGAUUUAGUCUUCGAUGGACUGAAAAAGAAGGGAAACACCCUCCAAAUUGUUCAUUCUUCCAAUGUGGAAAACUGGGCUGGCUUAAAUUUCCCUUCAACAAUGAAACAAAUCCAGAAUGCGGAUUGCGCACAAUAGUAAAUUGCACUGAAGAGGCUCCUAAGAUCCAACUGGAAAGGGGAGGAAGACAUUUUGAGGUGAAAAACAUCCAGGGUGAUACCAUAAUAAUUCAAGAUGAGCAGCUUCAAGAGCACUUGAAACAUGGCAGAUGUGACUUGAUCGACAACUUAACUUCUUCCCCUUCUCCUUCUGUUUUUUUCACACCAGUACCCACCCUAACCAAACUGACCCUGUUCAAAUGCCACCCUAGUCACAAUAUUGAUCUUGUUACAGAGUAUAAUUAUACCAGAUGUCAAGACUACAUUAUCCACUAUAAUCAUCCAAAUCAUAUUCCUCCAACUCCAACUCCACCUCCACCUGGCUGUUCAAUUAUUCAGUAUCCAGUAAACAUGAGUACUGUAGGUAUCGCUAACCUGGUUCCCCUGUUGACUUCUGAUAUCACUCUUGAAGUGAAAGUGUUCCCACCCUGUCGGAAUUGUCUCCAUAGAGGAGGCCAAUGCCAAGAUGAUGAAAAGGGAAAAUUCCAGUGUGCACAUGUAAAAGGGAAUGACAAUCGUCUUCCAGGGAAUGACAAUCGAUUGAAGCUAGCCCUAGGAUUAGGUAUCAGCGCCGGAGGCAUUACCAUCUUAAUAAUUUGUUUCAUCAUCCGACAGCGCCAUAAAAGGAAAUAUGCUUCAACUUUCCUCUCAAGGAACACUUCUUCAGAUCCCUCUUCACAACCAGGAUUGGAAACAACGGGGGCGUACUUUGGCAUCCCCAUUUUCCCCUACAGUGAACUUGAAGAAGCCACUUAUCAUUUUGUCCCUGAUAGAGAAAUUGGAGAUGGAGGUUUUGGAACUGUAUACCAUGGACAACUGCGAGAUGGGCGAGAGGUUGCCGUCAAGCGCCUAUACGAGAACAAUUACAGGCGGGUUGAACAGUUCAUGAAUGAAGUUCAAAUCCUCACUCGUUUGCGCCACCGGAAUCUUGUCUCCCUUUACGGCUGCACCUCACGCCACAGCCGUGAACUCCUUCUGGUUUACGAAUUUAUUCCCAAUGGCACAGUCGCUGAUCAUCUCCACGGGAAUCGAGCAGAUUCAGGCUUACUCACAUGGCCUAUCCGAUUGAGUAUUGCCAUAGAAACUGCCAGCGCAUUAUAUUAUCUCCAUGCUUCUGAUGUUGUACACCGGGACGUGAAAACUAAGAACAUUCUCCUGGAUAAUAGUUUCUGUGUUAAAGUCGCAGAUUUCGGGCUUUCACGACUCUUCCCCACCGAUGUUACCCAUGUCUCAACCGCUCCACAAGGGACUCCCGGCUAUGUUGAUCCAGAAUAUCACCAAUGUUACCAGCUUACAGAUAAGAGCGAUGUUUACAGCUUUGGGGUUGUCCUUAUUGAACUGAUAUCAUCACUGCCUCCUGUAGACUUUAGUAGGCAUAAGCAUGAGAUCAAUUUGUCUAACUACGCUAUAAACAAGAUACAAAAAUGUGCAUUUCACGAGCUGAUUGACCCACAUCUUGGAUUCGAUUCAGAUCUUGCGGUUAAUAGGAUGACUACUCUGGUAGCAGAAUUAGCCUUUCGCUGUCUGCAACCUGACAAGGAAAUGAGGCCUUCCAUGGAUGAAGUUUUGGAGAUUUUGAAGGAAAUUGAGAGUAACAGGCAUGAAUUGGAGAACAUGGACGCAGCAGCGGACAGUGUUGGGUCGUCGAUGCGUGAGCCGCCGCCACCUUCACCAGAUUGUGAUGAAGUGGGGUUGUUGAAAAGCGUCCAGCUGAUGCCAUCACCAGAUAGUACGACCGCUCAAUGGGCCAGUAGGUCUACUACACCAAGCGCCAGUGCUUAGCUUUUCCCUUGUAUUUUGCUUAUUUUUCAAAGGAGAUGCUAAAAAUAUGUGAAACAUUUAACCCGACAUAAAUGAAAGGGUUAAUGUUCUUUCUCAUCUUCGUAUCUUUGUUUUGUUGUCUAUGUACCAGAGAUGAAUCUCAGAUUCAUUGUCUACUGGAUUUAAGGCCUGAGGGGAGAAUGUGCAAAGUAAAAGAAGCUGUCGUUGAUAUGCCCAGCUUUGAUUUUGUAA